AUGCUUGAGACUGCACAAUUAUGAGGAGAGCAAUGGCGGACACGGAGAUAGCGAGAGCGCUUCGCUCUGUGCUUGAUCGCGUAAAAACUGCGUGUGAUAAAAGACCUGAAGAUCUUCGGGGAUUGCAGCCAAGACUUGUCGCAGUCACAAAGAUCAAACCUAAGGCUGUUAUUCUCCAAGCCUACGAAGCUGGCCAAAGACACUUCGGAGAAAAUUAUGUUCAAGAAUUGGAAGAAAAGAGCAAAGACCCGGAGAUCCUUGAGAAAUGUAAGGACAUCAGAUGGCAUUUUAUAGGGCACCUCCAGAGGAACAAAGUCAAUAAAGUAUUAGAAACUCCUAACCUUUACAUGAUCGAGACGGUUGACUCACCAAAGCUUGCAACAACCAUCAACGCUUCGUUGGAACGACAAAAGAUGGAGCGGUUGAAGGUUAUGGUGCAGGUGAACACAAGUGCUGAAGAGAAUAAACAUGGUUGUCAUCCGUCUGAGACUCUGAGCAUGGUUCGUCACGUGCAGGAUGCAUGUCCCAAGCUAGAACUCCUGGGUGUCAUGACUAUUGGUGCCUUUGACCAUGACCUCAGCCAAGGACCAAACCCCGACUUCCAGUCGUUAAUCCAGUGUAGAAAAGAUGUCUGUGCUGCGUUGAACCAGGACCUGUUGCACCUGGAACUUAGUAUGGGCAUGUCGAAUGACUUUGAACAUGCAAUAGAAAAUGGUAGCACCAAUGUCCGUGUUGGAAGCACCAUCUUCGGCGCUAGAGUUUAUCCUGCUAAGAAAAAUACAGAACCUGAAAAUACCUCAAACACUUCAGAGAAUAAUGCCAGUUCUAGCACAAGCCAAGACAAAUAUUCUGCACUCAACGGAGAAGGACAGACUUCAUUAGAUAGGACUGAUCAAGUAGAUAAUGUGGUGGAUAAAAUGAAAGACGUAAAACUGGAGGACAAGUGACACUGAUGCAUUAACUUGUUAGACAUUCUAUAGUCACACUCGAAAUAGGGCCAUGGGAGUGAUUGUCAUUCUGUCAGCAUUAAGGUUGUUGGUCAUAUGGUGAACAUUCACUUGCCAUCUUGCUUCAUGUGCAUGAUUUCAACUUCCCUGACAGACGGAAGGUGCAAGUUACACGGAGCAUUUGUUAUUAGGUGUGACCUAGUAGCCCUGGAAUAAACUGUGAUAUUAUAAAUAUAAUGGUGAUUGA